CAAUAGGUCUCUGGAGAUGUGCGUAGAGCUCAUGGAUCGCCUGCAGUCAGCUAGCCAUGUGCUUGCGAACAAUAUUAGCAUCCUAGAAUCGGCGCUUCGGGAGGCGAAGAGGAGACAGGUCGUACUUGACGCGCAAAAGCCUUCGCAGGACCAUCGUGACCAGAUCAUGUUCGAAAGUGGAGUUGAAGAUGCCAUACAAGAACUUCAAUUCCACCGCAACCAGAUCGAGCUCAUCAUCGGCCGGCUAGAUAGGACGACCACCACGAUCAGCAACCUUAUCUCCUUGCGAAGUUCGUACAACAUGGAACGCAUGACAGAGCGAUCCAUUCUCGAAGCGAAAGCCGUCAGGAUUAUCGCACUAGUCACGCUCCUGUUUCUGCCGCCGACCUUCACGAGUGGCUUCCUGGACAUGGAUAGUUUAGAUAUCAGCAGGUCGGAGGGUGGACACUUGAUUAUAGAUGCUAGGCCGGAGUUCUUGUUCUUUCUUGCUCUUACGAUACCCCUGAUGAUUGUUACUGUUGGUGGCUGGUUGCUGUGGGAUUGGCUCAGUACAAGGCGAAGAGCUAGACUGGAGGAGCCGUCGCUUCAUAUGCAUCUCUCAGACGAGCACGUUCCGGCAUCUCUCUAGCCUGCUCUGAGCCUCCAAUUGGCAUCUUCUCCCCUCGCCGUGGUGCAAAUCCGAGCCUUCGUGCUGUGCGCCGCUUUGACCCGUUUCCUACAGUCCUGCAUCGCGAGUAGUGGGAACGUAGCUUGAGGGAGGUGUCG